AUGCAGGUUGUAUCAGAUAAUGAUACCUUAGAUCAAAUAGUAAUUUCUCAUGAUAAUGACUUAUCACAUAACAAUAUUUGGCCACCAAAAAGAACUGAGAUUGAAAACCCUCUCGACCCUAUUUCUCAGCCAGAAAAUUUACAUUCACCAAAUGUAAAUGAUUUUGUGCCGACCGUUAGUGACCUGGAGAAUCAAACUGAAAUAGUGGAAGAAGGAAGUGACGUGUGGCAAGAGGCUUCAGAAGUGGGUGGUGAGGAGUUGAUGGCGGAGGAAAAUGUUGUUGACCGGCAUUGUGAAGUGGUGUCUCCUCAUGUCCUUAGACCCGAACAAAAUAUUGAACACCCAGAACCAAGUCAUCAACCAGUUCCCCCGACAUUAACAUGCCUGGAACCAUACAACCUCAGGCCUAGAAAUAAAAAUAUUAAUUAUAAGGUUUAG